CCCCUCCAAAACCCACCUCUUCUGUCUCUCUUUCACACUCUCCCAUGGCGACACUGAGGCUUCUCCUCUCCCAAGCUCGCCGCCAUUGCCUCACUAAAAACCCUUCACAAUUCCACUCUCCUCUUUCUCUCACCUCUCACAACAGAUCCUUUUCUUCUUCCGAAUCAGACUCAAACCCUCCAACGAGGACACCCUUCGAAUCGGUUCCAAUCCAACCCGUUUCUUACCCAGUCAAACCCAAAGACCCGCCGCCACGGCCUCCGGUCACCGAACCCUCCGAAACAGCUCAGUCCCUCCGCCAGCAGCAGCCACUGCCUCCUCAGCCGGCGGACGGCCCGGAAUCGGGGCGGGCCUGGACCCGGGAAGAAGCUCGGUACGUGAAGGAUUCCCCGUCGAUAACGCCGGUGUCGUAUCCCCUAAGGGUGGCGCCGCUCCCCGAGGAUAAGGCCGCUCCGGCGGCGGAAGAGAAGGUGAAUGUGGAAAUGGAGAAAGAGAGGAGGAGGAUUGAGGCGGAGGAUCAGUUGAGGAUGAGGAUGGUGAGAGCUGUGGAAGAGGAAAAGAUGAAGGUCCCUUUUCCAAUGCUGAUCAAGCCAAAGCAAAAUGAGAAGCCACCUCUCUUUGAUUUGACCGAGGCUAUUCGCCAAGUUAAGGCCAACGCCAAGGCGAAGUUUGAUGAAAGCGUUGAAGCACAUGUGAGAUUGGGUAUUGAUUCAAAGCGAACAGAACUGGCAGUUCGUGGUACUGUGAUUCUACCUCAUGGUGCUCCUAAGGCCGUUAGUGUGGCUGUUUUUGCGGAAGGGGCAGAGGCAGAGGAAGCUAAAGCUGCAGGAGCGGAUAUAGUUGGUGGUAAAGAGCUUAUUGAGGAGAUUGCUAGUGGUAAUAAUAAGCUCAAAGUUGAUAAGUGCUUCUCAACUCCUGGAAUGGCUCCUCAUCUUGGAAAGAUAGCUCAAUAUCUUAGAAAGCGCAGACUAAUGCCAGACAAGAAACUAGGUACUCUGACUAGUGAUAUUGCUGGGCAGUUGAAAGAGCUAAGACGGGGUCGCGUUGAAUUUAAAAUGGAGAGUAAAGCAAUUGUGCAUGUGGGAGUUGGAAAGGUAAGCUACACAGAAGACUCUUUACGGGAGAACAUUGGUGCAUUUAUGAAUUCUCUAUUACUUGCAAAGCCUGCUGGCUUAAAGAAGACGUCCAAAUAUGCUGGGUAUGUGCUGUCUGUCCAUAUAUGCAGCACGAUGGGCCCGGGAUUACCUGUAUCAAUACAAUCGUUAUCCAAAGCAGCAGAUAACUACACGAAAGUGCAUCUGGUAUGAAUCAUGUGGAUAAGGAGCACUUGUGGGCUUUCAACAUGAAUUCAAGUUUUGAUAAACAUUUGUUGCCGUAGUUUUUUGGUUUAUUACCAUUGAUUUUGUAAUGUUUGUUUUGUGAUAUAUGUGGCAAUAAGUUAUUGAUAUUUGACAUUUUUGUGAGCUUAACGAACUUUCUGGUUGCCCUCUGGUGUAGUAUGAUCCUUAUUGCAACAGUGAGAAAAUAUG